CCCUAUGAAUGCAUUGAGUGUAAGAAAACUUUCAAUCGCAGUUCACAUCUUAUUAGGCAUCAGAGAAUCCAUAAGGGGUGGAGGCCCUAUGAAUGCAGGGAGUGUGGAAAAUGCUUCCCUAGCAGCUCAGGCCUUUAUCAACAUCAGAGAAUCCACACAGGGGAAAGGCCCUAUGAAUGCAGUGAGUGUGGGAAAAGCUUCACUAGCAGUUCAGGCCUUUCCAAACAUCAGAGAAUCCACACAGGGGAGAAGCCCUAUGAAUGCAGUCAGUGUAGAAAAUGCUUCACUGACAGCUCAGCCCUUUCUGGACAUCAGAGAAUCCACACAGGGGAGAGGCCCUAUGAAUGCAGUGAGUGUGGGAAAAACUUCACUCAAAUAUCAGCCCUUUCUGUUCAUCAGAGAAUCCACACAGGGGAGAGGCCCUAUGAAUGCAGUGAGUGUGGGGGAAAAUUCAGUCGCCGCUCA